AUGCUGCAGACUGUCUUCGAACUGCGUCCGUAUUUCCUCCACGAUUGUUUACGGUGCCUAGCGAAGAUUGCAUGUAGUGUGGGCAACACCGCAAUCCUGGACUGGGUGAGUCAGUUCGGAAUCGAGCUGCGCUCGACACAGCCCAUCCGUGAGGCUGUGAGUCGCGGCGACGUGAAGUUGCUGCAGUGGUUUUUCGAGAAUGAGUUUGAGGUUACAAAUCCAAAGUUGCUCGAACUGGCGGUUCAAGGCAGCCAGCUGGAGGUAGUACGUUGGUUGUCAACGCAUGGGUAUACGGUAAACUCGCUUGCAUUGACCAGGAUUGCUGGGGAAGAAAUGUACAGCCGAUACACGGACACACCGGUAUUGCGGUGGGUGGUCGAAAAUGGACCACCGCUGGACUUGCCAACAGCAACAGCGUUGGUUUUGGAAUACCGCCACAUCGAGAUCGCGUGGUGGGCUUCUGAAGAUAUUCGAAAGCACCUCGUGCUUAAGGCACUGGAGACAGAUGAUCGAAGAGUUGUAUGGUGGAAUCUUGCACGCACGCAUUUUCAAGACGAAGGCACGCAACAGAGCAUCCGUGAGGCCAUUCAGUGCUGCCAAGGAUAUACGAAACAAUGGUUUGAGAAAAAUAUGAGAGAAGUCGUGGGCUGCAGUUGGUAUUUCUUGACAUCCAUCCAUCAAGCGUUGCGAGGCGUGAGGUGA